GAUAUAAAUAUACGUCCCAUCCGGUGAGUUAAAUCAGUAUUGCUCGAGACACCGUCAACAGUGAUACAGACAUAAUAAUUCGCUGUGAAUUCUCGUUCAUACACAUAUCAUUUUAAUAUUUCAUCCAACAACACACAACAACAACAAUAUGGUCGCCUGCAAAUUGAUUUUGGCCGUCGCCUUCGUGUUCGUAGCUGUUGUUCAAAUCCAGAGUAGACCCGGCGCCGAUACCGAAUGGAGUAUACCGUUCGAAGAUGAACUCAAGAACAUGUCGAAACAAAUUUCCAGUUUUGUCGGUGAUAACGCCGAGUACCAGACCGCUGCCAAGAACGGUCUGAACACCUUCGUCGAAGGAUUCAAAGGCGAGCUUGGACUCUUCACCAAAUCGUUCGAUGGCAAAACCGGAGUGUCCGACCUGUUCAAGGACUCCACCAAGCAAUUCCAAACCACCAUCGACAACUUCGUCAAGACCUUACCUAAGGAUCUCACAUUGAAGGACUUCAACGAAAAAACAGAACAGGCACUUAAGUACAUGGUGGAACACGGCACUGAGAUCACCAAGAAAGCCCAAGGAAACACCGAGGUUGAGAAGCAAAUCAAGGAUUUCAUUAAGAAAAACAUCGAUUCGCUCCUUGAAACAACCAAAGCCGUCCAAGCUAAGAUCACUGAAGCUAAGAAAGCCUAAGAUGAACAAGUCUGAGGGACGUUGUACCAACUAUGUCAACCGUAAAACGAUAGCUGACAGUUAAUUUAUUGCUUUUUAAUUUUAUAAUAUUGUAAUUUAUUUCACCUUUACAAAAUCAAAUAUUAAAUUUAACAGCUUUUAUACUUUA